ACAUCUACCAGGCACAAGGUACAGGACUAACACACACCAGGGGGUACAGCUAACAUCUACCAGACACAAGGUACAGGACUAACACACACCAGGGGGUACAGCUAACAUCUACCAGGCACAAGGUACAGGACUAACACACACCGGGGGGUACAGCUAACGUCUACCAGACACAAGGUACAGGACUAACACACACCAGGGGGUACAGCUAACGUCUACCAGGCACAAGGUACAGGACUAACACACACCAGGGGGUACAGCUAACGUCUACCAGGCACAAGGUACAGGACUAACACACACCAGGGGGUACAGCUAACAUCUACCAGACACAAGGUACAGGACUAACACACACCAGGGGGUACAGCUAACGUCUACCAGACACAAGGUACAGGACUAACACACACCAGGGGGGUACAGCUAACGUCUACCAGACACAAGGUACAGGACUAACACACACCAGGGGGUACAGCUAACGUCUACCAGACACAAGGUACAGGACUAACACACACCAGGGGGUACAGCUAACAUCUACCAGACACAAGGUACAGGACUAACACACACCAGGGGGUACAGCUAACGUCUACCAGACACAAGGUACAGGACUAACACACACCAGGGGGUACAGCUAACGUCUACCAGGCACAAGGUACAGGACUAACACACACCAGGGGAUACAGCUAACAUCUACCAGACACAAGGUACAGGACUAACACACACCGGGGGGUACAGCUAACAUCUACCAUGGCAGGCACAAGGUACAGGACUAACACACACCGGGGGGUACAGCUAACGUCUACCAGACACAAGGUACAGGACUAACACACACCAGGGGGUACAGCUAACGUCUACCAGGCACAAGGUACAGGACUAACACACACCAGGGGGUACAGCUAACGUCUACCAGGCACAAGGUACAGGACUAACACACACCAGGGGAUACAGCUAACAUCUACCAGACACAAGGUACAGGACUAACACACACCGGGGGGUACAGCUAACAUCUACCAUGGCAGGCACAAGGUACAGGACUAACACACACCGGGGGGUACAGCUAACGUCUACCAGACACAAGGUACAGGACUAACACACACCGGGGGGUACAGCUAACGUCUACCAGACACAAGGUACAGGACUAACACACACCAGGGGGUACAGCUAACAUCUACCAGACACAAGGUACAGGACUAACACACACCGGGGGGUACAGCUAACAUCUACCAGACACAAGGUACAGGACUAACACACACCAGGGGAUACAGCUAACGUCUACCGUGGCAGGCACAAGGUACAGGGCUAACACACACCAGGGGGUACAGCUAACAUCUACCAGACACAAGGUACAGGACUAACACACACCAGGGGGUACAGCUAACAUCUACCAGACACAAGGUACAGGACUAACACACACCGGGGGGUACAGCUAACAUCUACCAGACACAAGGUACAGGACUAACACACACCAGGGGAUACAGCUAACGUCUACCGUGGCAGGCACAAGGUACAGGGCUAACACACCCAAGGGGGUACAGCUAACGUCUACCGUGGCAGGCACAAGGUACAGGACUAACACACACACCAGGGGGUACAGCUAACAUCUACCAGGCACAAGGUACAGGACUAACACACACCAGGGGGUACAGCUAACGUCUACCAGACACAAGGUACAGGACUAACACACACCAGGGGGUACAGCUAACGUCUACCAGGCACAAGGUACAGGACUAACACACACCAGGGGGUACAGCUAACGUCUACCAGGCACAAGGUACAGGACUAACACACACCAGGGGGUACAGCUAACGUCUACCAGACACAAGGUACAGGACUAACACACACCGGGGGGUACAGCUAACGUCUACCAGACACAAGGUACAGGACUAACACACACCAGGGGGUACAGCUAACAUCUACCAGACACAAGGUACAGGACUAACACACACCAGGGGGUACAGCUAACGUCUACCAGACACAAGGUACAGGACUAACACACACCAGGGGGGUACAGCUAACGUCUACCAGACACAAGGUACAGGACUAACACACACCAGGGGGUACAGCUAACGUCUACCAGACACAAGGUACAGGACUAACACACACCAGGGGGUACAGCUAACGUCUACCAGACACAAGGUACAGGACUAACACACACCAGGGGGUACAGCUAACGUCUACCAGACACAAGGUACAGGACUAACACACACCAGGGGGUACAGCUAACGUCUACCAGACACAAGGUACAGGACUAACACACACCAGGGGGUACAGCUAACGUCUACCAAACACAAGGUACAGGACUAACACACACCAGGGGGUACAGCUAACGUCUACCAAACACAAGGUACAGGACUAACACACACCAGGGGGUACAGCUAACAUCUACCAUGGCAGGCACAAGGUACAGGACUAACACACACCAGGGGGUACAGCUAACGUCUACCAGACACAAGGUACAGGACUAACACACACCAGGGGGUACAGCUAACAUCUACCAUGGCAGGCACAAGGUACAGGACUAACACACACCGGGGGGUACAGCUAACGUCUACCAGGCACAAGGUACAGGACUAACACACACCGGGGGGUACAGCUAACGCCUACCAGGCACAAGGUACAGGACUAACACACACCAGGGGGUACAGCUAACAUCUACCAGACACAAGGUACAGGACUAACACACACCAGGGGGUACAGCUAACGUCUACCAGGCACAAGGUACAGGGCUAACACACACCAGGGGGUACAGCUAACGCCUACCAGACACAAGGUACAGGACUAACACACACCAGGGGGUACAGCUAACGUCUACCAGACACAAGGUACAGGACUAACACACACCAGGGGGUACAGCUAACGUCUACCGUGGCAGGCACAAGGUACAGGACUAACACACACCAGGGGGUACAGCUAACGUCUACCAGGCACAAGGUACAGGGCUAACACACACCCAAGGGGGUACAGCUAACGUCUACCAGGUACAAGGUACAGGACUAACACACACCAGGGGGUACAGCUAACGUCUACCGUGGCAGGCACAAGGUACAGGACUAACACACACCAGGGGGUACAGCUAACGUCUACCAGGCACAAGGUACAGGACUAACACACACCAGGGGGUACAGCUAACGUCUACCAGACACAAGGUACAGGACUAACACACACCGGGGGGUACAGCUAACGUCUACCAGACACAAGGUACAGGACUAACACACACCAGGGGGUACAGCUAACAUCUACCAGGCACAAGGUACAGGACUAACACACACCAGGGGGUACAGCUAACGUCUACCAGACACAAGGUACAGGACUAACACACACCAGGGGGUACAGCUAACAUCUACCAGACACAAGGUACAGGACUAACACACACCAGGGGGUACAGCUAACGUCUACCAGACACAAGGUACAGGACUAACACACACCAGGGGGUACAGCUAACAUCUACCAGACACAAGGUACAGGACUAACACACACCGGGGGGUACAGCUAACGCCUACCAGGCACAAGGUACAGGACUAACACACACCAGGGGGUACAGCUAACAUCUACCAGACACAAGGUACAGGACUAACACACACCAGGGGGUACAGCUAACGUCUACCAGACACAAGGUACAGGACUAACACACCCAAGGGGGUACAGCUAACAUCUACCAUGGCAGGCACAAGGUACAGGACUAACACACACCAGGGGGUACAGCUAACAUCUACCAGACACAAGGUACAGGACUAACACACACCAGGGGGUACAGCUAACGUCUACCAGACACAAGGUACAGGACUAACACACACCAGGGGGUACAGCUAACGUCUACCAGACACAAGGUACAGGACUAACACACACCAGGGGGUACAGCUAACGUCUACCGUGGCAGGCACAAGAAAACAGGGGACCUGUAUGCUGUGAAGGUCUUCAACAACCUGAGUUUCCUGCGACCACUCGACGUCCAGAUGAGAGAGUUUGAGGUCCUGAAGAAACUCAACCAUAAGAACAUCGUCAAGCUGUUUGCUGUGGAGGAGGAGUCCAACACGCGUCACAAGGUGCUGGUGAUGGAGUAUUGUCCCUGUGGCAGUCUGUAUACGGUGCUGGAGGAGUCCUCUAACGCCUACGGACUCCCUGAGGAUGAGUUCCUUAUAGUGCUGCAGGAUGUGGUAGCCGGUAUGAACCACCUCAGAGAGUAUGGUAUCGUGCACCGCGACAUCAAACCAGGCAACAUCAUGCGUGUCAUCGGUGAGGACGGGAGGUCUGUCUAUAAGCUGACUGACUUCGGAGCAGCCAGAGAACUAGAAGAUGAUGAACAGUUUGUCUCUCUUUACGGCACCGAGGAAUAUCUGCACCCUGAUAUGUAUGAGCGUGCCGUACUGAGGAAAGAGCACCAGAAGAAGUAUGGUGCGACGGUUGACCUGUGGAGCAUCGGAGUGACCUUCUUCCACGCUGCCACCGGGUCACUCCCCUUCAGGCCCUUCGAAGGACCACGCAGGAACAAGGAAGUCAUGUAUAAGAUCAUCACAGAGAAGCCCUCAGGAACCGUCUCAGGGCAGCAGAAGUUUGAGAACGGGAAGAUUGAGUGGAGCACAGAGAUGCCUGUCUCCUGCAACCUGUCCAAGGGCCUCCAGAGCCUGCUGACCCCAGUGCUAGCCAACAUCUUGGAGGCUGACCAGGAGAAGUGUUGGGGCUUUGACCAGUUCUUUGCUGAGACCAGUGAUAUCCUGCAUCGGACCGUGGUGUUGGUCUUCAGUCUGCAGCAGGCUACUCUCCACUACAUAUACAUCCACCAGUAUAAUACGGCGACUCUUUUCCAGGAGCUGUUGUCUCGUCGGUGCAGUAUCCCGGUCCACAACCAGGAGCUCCUGUACGAGGGGCGUCGCCUGCAGCUUGAGCCCAACCGCCAGGCCCAGACCUUCCCCCGGACCUCCAGAGACAAUCCCAUCAUGCUGCUCAGCAGAGAGUCCGUGGCUACAGUAGGGCUCAUCUUCGAAGACCCGACUCCUCCUAAAGUCCAGCCUCGCUAUGACCUUGACCUGGAUGCCAGCUAUGCCAAGACGUUUGCAGGAGACGUGGGCCACCUGUGGAAGACCUCAGACUCCCUGUUGGUUUGUCAGGAGCUGGUCCGGAAGGGAGUCAGGGGGUUAAUUGAGUUAAUGAAGGAAGACUACAGUGAGAUGGUACACAAGAAGUCAGAGGUCAUCCACCUCUGCCACUACUGCGCUCAGAUCCUGGAGAGGACAGAGCAGCUGUACGAGGUGUUAAUGCAGGCCAAUAUGUUGUCAUCAUCAGAGUACGACGAGAUCUCAGACAUGAGGAAGAAAAUAGUCCUAAUCUCCAACUCCUUAGUCCCCAUGGAUCAGACGGUUCAGGACAUCAAGAGUAAGUUCCUGUCAGGUGGUGUUCUGACGGACAGCUGGACUCAAGCUGGGACACACCCUGAAGACAGGAAUGUUGAGAGGAUUAAGGUUCUCCUGGACUCCAUUACAGCCAUCUACCACCAGUUCAAGAAGGACAAGGCUGAGAGACGUCUGCCUUACAACGAGGAACAGAUACACAAAUUUGACAAACAGAAGUUGGUGUUCCACGCCACCAAGGCCAGGUCUCUGUUCACAGAGGAGUGUGCCAUGAAGUACCGCAUCUUCAUCUCUAAGAGCGAGGAGUGGAUGAGGAAGGUGCAUCACGUGAGGAAGCAGCUGAUUGGUCUAACCAGCCAAUUCAACAGCGUGGAGAAAGAAGUUUCCAUGGUGAUGGAGAGAGUUAUUAAGCUACAGGAGCAGUUACCUGGUAAGGUGCUGCCUCUGGCGUCCAGUGGGAUGGUGAAGCCUCAAGCCUACCUCAGCCAGAGCACCCUGGUAGAGAUGACCCUGGGCAUGAAGAAGCUGAAGGAAGAGAUGGAGGGGGUUGUAAAGGAGUUGGCAGAGAACAAUCACUUCCUGGAGAGGUUUGGCUCUUUGACAUUGGAUGGAGGAUUGAGAAGUGUGGACCGUAUCUGAGACCAUGUGGCCCCUCACUUCCAACAACCACCCUCACCCCUCGACUCUCACCCCGACCCUAAACCCUCACCCCUCGACUCUCACCUCAUCCUAAACCCUCACCCCCUGACUCUCACCUCAUCCUAAACCCUCACCCCCUGACUCUCACCUCAUCCUAAACCCUCACCCCCUGACUCUCACCUCAUCCUAAACCCCCACCCCAAUCCACUAUCUAGACCAGGGGUCUCCAACCUUUUCUGGCAUGAGAGCUACCUUUUAGAAAUGCAACAUGUCUCAGUCUUUCCAAUAGGUCCACUCUUCUCUUCUCUUCUCCCCUGCAGCUCUUCCCCGGGUCCUUCGUGUACAAGAGGAAGUAGUGCGCUGUGUUUCCUGUCAAUAUACCUGCUAUAAUAAUGGUUAAUAAACACUAAGGGGGGGGCCUGGUCAAAUCUGA